AUGAAUAGCGUACUCUUGCAUGCAUUGGUAACAAUAAUUUGUGAUUUUUGCAUUUCACUGUUAAUUACAGUGAAUCUUUGUGAACCACCAUACUGUUGUACAUACAUAAAAAAUUUAAUGUGCAUAGAAUAA